GGAUCCCGGGCGCGCACCGACGCACCGCUUCUCCGGCCAUGCUGGGGCCGCGGCCCACAUACAGCCACUAGAAGGAUGUGCAGCUAUGACAUACAACUAUCCACUGGGGCUUUAGGGGAAAAAUAAAUAAGUAAAAUUAUAAAAAACAAAACAAAACAAAAAACCCCUUUGGGGGCACUGGCUGUCUCUUGUGCCAAAUGGGAAAAAUAACCACUACAUCACAGUUUUGUCAUAUGCAAGCCUGUGGCAUGUGCCUCCGGUAGUGCAGGGCAGCAACCACGGUUGUUAAGGUGACCUUGGGAAGUAUCAGCAGAGGGUGACCCAGAGGUUCCUGUUUGAGAGGGAGGGACUGCUGAUUUCCUCUCUGCUCACUGGGUGGUAUGUUGACCAUUCACUUGACUAGAUGGACCAUGAGUGAGACUCGGAGCUACUGCACUGGGACUGUCCGUCUGCACCCAACUUUGUGACGGUGUGUUGAGAUUUUUUCCCCCUGUGGACUGCAGUCCUUUCCCUUGUGUUUCUACCUGAUCUUAUCCCAGAGCCUGUCCCUGUUCCCCCGCUGGCUGUUUCACUCUUCUCACCCUAAGAUCCAAGGGCACGCAAUGUGCCAUGUAUGUCCUUACUUUUUGUGGAAGUCUUCCUGCACGGCCUCAGUCUCUAGCCUUAGCCUUCAGAAUCGUUGGGACCAGCAGCUUUGACUUGGAUGAGGCUAAGGAUAUACGUGUGAACAAAGCAAAGUCUCUGCCCACGUGGAGUUUUCUUGGUAACGGGGCAGACACAGUCAUCAAGCCAACAAAUACGUAGCAUGCCAUGUGAUCAGGAGGCAAACCUCAGUCGUGCCUCAUAACAGUUCUGCCCCCCAUUCACAAUGUCAAAUGUUGGUCAUUUGCCAUUUGCUUUACUGCUGCUGUUUGUGUAGUGACACCUGAGUUACUUUGAAAGGCCCUAAAAGUUAACCAGCAGUUGUGCUGGGCAGCGUUCCAGGUUUUCAUAGGGCCCUGAACAUGGCCAGCUUUUCCCCUCCCUUUGACUUAGAAACAGAGACAGGGUGGUGAGAAUUUCUCAAAGAGUUUCAGGAAUUUCUCGAGUCUCCUUUUGGUCAUUUGAAGGCCCUGUUAGUGGCCCAGGGGUUCUUAUUGGGGUCCAUGGAUGGGUUUCACGAAGACACUGAAAUCAAGUUUAUCAUUUUGGGUGUGUGCAUUUUUCUGGGGAGAGUGUCUAAAGCUAUCAUUAAAGUCACCAGGAAGAUCUCUGAAAGGUCUGUUUUUAUGGAAGUGGAUAAAAAGUUUAAAUUGUGCCAUUGAGGGUCCUUAUUGCUGUCUGUUCUGUUUUAGAGGAACUGAUGAGAAGUGACUUGCUAAAGGGGGAAGGUCGACACAUGCCGAGAGCCUCAUUGCAGUUGUAUGGGACUUGACAUUUCUGUGUCCUAUGGAUGGGACAGCUUCAGUUAUUCCUCUGAGCAAAUUAAAGAAGCAAAAUGAUAUAGCUGGCAUCAUGGAAGACAAGCUAACGUAGUGGGAGAAAACGGAGGGAGGCGUGGCUGAUGCUGCAAUGUGGUUUUGUCCUCCACUGAGGCAGAAGAGAAGGUUGAGCCAUGGGAGGAGAGCAGAAGACCACUUGAGCAGAUGCUGCUUCUCAGAUUUCUGGGUCUAAUGGGCACUAAAAAUAGGUCUGGAGAGGACAGUUUAGGGCUUUGGCUGUUGAUGUCAAAGGCACCUGUUUUAGGAGAUUCCUCUGCUUGAGAAGUCCACAGUAGUUUACGUAAAGUUCAUGACAGUUGUCAUUCAAGAUAAAUGUAUGGAGGGGAGCGUUUAAGAGGGAUCGCAGAUAUUUAACAUGCUCUUUGAUCCAGCAAUUCUACUUUUAGGAGUUUAUUUUAAGAAAUAAUCAAAACCAUUAUUCGUCCCAGAGCUGUGUGUCAUAGUGAAAAGUUGGAAACCUAAAUAUCCAACAAUAGGGAAUUAUGUGGAUCCACACAAUGGAAUUUUAGGCAACCCUUAAAAAUAAUAUCUAGAAGCAUACUCCUAUAGAAAGUUGUUCUAAAAACAUUGCUACGUGCAAAAAGGUAUGUACUGCUUUUGUAAAAAAAUAAACUAUUCCAAAAAUACUGGUUGGGUGCCUACUAUGAGUCAGGUGCUCUGCUGGGCACUGGUAACACAGUGAUGAACUAGGCAUGUAUGGUUUCUGCUCUCAGCAGACUUUCAGUCUGCUAGGGAAAUAGUCAAGCCACAUUGGCCUUGUCAUAAACAAAUUUUAUAAAUACUCAUAGGAGGAUUGUAAAAAGAAUGACACUUUAACAGACAGUUUGACCCGCUGUGAAUUCUUAUCAGUUGUCUCUGUAUACUUGUUAUUAGCUGCAUCCCUGUCCUGAAAUCACUGAUUUUCUAGAAAGCUUGAGGUAAGUCGUUAAGAUAUCUUAUUGACAAUGCUCUAGUGUUAAACUGUCUUUCUUCCAGCCUUCCUUCCCCUCCAGCACCGUGCAAGGCUCUGUGGGGAGAAAGGGGUGGUGGUGGUGAUAAGUCGUUUGAGGAGUAGGGGCUAUUCUCGCCCAGCUUUCUGGCUUCUGUUCUCCAGUGCUGUAGUCGUCACAAGCCUCGUCACCAGCUCACCUGAAAUCGCCUCUUGUCAUUUACUAUCACCUCUCUUGGGCCUUAUGUUGUUCUGAGUCUUGGGCCCCUGACUUACUGUUUUCUGUGGUGUUUGCAGCCUUGUGGAGUAGUGCUUUAUUCUUAGAAAUCAUCUGGUUUAAAUCUUUUCUUGGAGUCUGGCGUGGCCUAGAUUGGAAUCUGGGUGUCCUGACUCCCCAAAGGCAUCUUUUCCACUAGGCAACAGCUGUGGCCCCUCCCAGUCACCAGUGGGAUGGCUCUGCCAAGCUGAUCUGCUUUAUAAACUAGUAUCAUUUCAAAUCAGUGACCCCACAAAGCUGCAAUAAAAAUUAAUUCCUUCAAAGGCAAAAGGGCAGCAGAUUUCUUGAGGAGGAAGAAAUUAACCACUGCCUUUGCUGGUGUGGCCACCAGGCACAGUAUUGAGAUAAAGUAGAACUGGCAUUGGCAGUGUUCGGCAAGUAUGUGAAAGUGCUAUGUUCUUAGCCAAAUUUAGUGAGCUUCCACUGUGUCCCAGACAUUGUGUUAGGCUCUCAGGGUCCACAGAGGAAGGAGAUGUGGGCUCUGCUCUCAAGAGCUACUCUCUAGAGAGGGCAGCUGAGAGAUAGACCUAAUGACAAUACAGCGUGAUUAAAUGCUGUGUGUACUAGUGACUGGGACUCAAUGAAUUUUGGCUAAAAUGCUCAGGAAGGUAUUCUUCUGGGAGGGCAGGUUUGAGCUGGACUUUGAUGAGAUAGGAUUGCCAGGGGGCACUGCUGACAUCAGAGUCUCUGUGAAGGGCGCCCUCUGGAGCCUGGCAGGGUACAGCCCGUGCUGACUGUUCAGGGCUGCUCUGCAUUUGCCUUUUAACCUAAGUUUGGUUUUUCGUUCAGAAAAUCUUUUUUUCUUUCUUCUCCUCUUCUUCUUCUCCCUCUCUUACCCUUUUCCCCCUACUCCUCCUGUUCCUCCUUCUCUAUUUAGAAAAUAUAUAAACAAAGAGAAUCAUUCAUCUCCCAUCUAUCACCCAUAGAUAACCACUGUUAUCAUUUUGGUAUGUAUCUUUCCAAUCAGUUUUAUGUAAAUAUUAGACAUGCACUUAAUGAACAUUUUGACCAAAUGCCAAAAGAUGGAUUGUUAAAAGGAACUGUAUUGCCAAAGGUAAAUCUCACUGUUCUAGGAUCAACUUCUGGGAUACAAGUAGAAUUCUGAAAUUUUAUAAAAAUUAUUACAUUGUUAUUAUUAGAAUUAUAAUAGAGUUUGGCAUUGUGGUACAGGAACUUAAUUUCCUAGCAGAGAUGAUCAGUGUAGGAACAUUUGUGAUAUUGGGUGGAAAGUGGCUUUCAGCUGAGGUAGAGGAAGGAGGAGCGAGGCUUUUAUUUAUUUAUUUUUUGGAGUUUGAAUUAUUAUUAUUAUUUUGGCUAGCUGUCAAUAUAAUACACUGUGAGUGGUAGUUUUUCUCUAACUUAUUAAGAUUUUGUUAAAUAACUGACUUCUCUGCUCUUUAACUCCUGGACCUAAAGAUUUUCUUAGCGACGAUGGUGCAGUUUCAUUGCAGUAAUCCCUCACCCAGCUUUGUGUAGUGCUUGAAGGAGAAUAAAUCUGGGUAAUCUCAGAAGCAGAAGUAAGGUCGUUGCCCUUAUACAAAAUUUUCCCUGAUAUUUUUGCAUGCGAUCGCCGAUUCACACAACCACUUGAGAGAAAAAUGCCUCUAGAAGUGUGGCAUGGAGCAGUGUAAUUGGCUUUCAAGAAAACAAAGCUGUUUUCCAAAUCUCCAUCUGCAUCUCGGCUUUCACUGCCUGCACACCAAUUUCAGCAUCUUCCCUGGAGAAGAAUGACAGAAGAAUCCUCACAGAGGGUGAGGGCAGCAUGAACGAUCCUUGAAUGUGCCUUUGGGCAUAUUUAGCCAUUCGUUUUUGAUUAGGAGAGAGAAGACCACGAUCUACUGGAAAGAUUGGAAGGAAGAUUGAUGAAGAAAAAUAACAACAUGAUUCCGGUCCACCGUUGAGUUCUUUGGGAUGCACAAAGGUGUCUGGUUGGGAAACAUGAAAUAGAAGACAAGACUGCCUCAGGAAGUGUACAUGAGAGUAACUUUAAAGGAACCUAUUGAUAAAUGUGAAACAGUAGCUGUUGGAGAUGAUGGAAAUGUACUGGGACAAUGGGAGAAGCCGGUAACUUAUAGGAAACCAAGAUGACAAGAAUUUUUUUAAAUAAUCAAAGGAAAAAUCUUGUUCAAAAAUGAGGUGAAUGGACGCUCAGGCACUCAAGAAUCCUGGACAGCUACAUGAGGUGUUUAAAAACUGCCCUGACCACCUUGGCACACAAGUGUAUGUCAUGAGGCCCGACAGGAUGAACACGUUGCGAUGGGACAGCGUCCUGCUCUGUAGGAACGGUGACUGCUGACCUGCCAGAAACAAUCUGGGGACUGCAUGUUGGCUGCCAGUACAAUGAAGGAAGUGGUUUAUUGGUCACCCAAGAAGGUGGCAGACUGGCUGCUGGAGAAUGCUAUGCCAGAAUACUGUGAGCCUCUGGAACAUUUCGCAGGCCGGGACUUGAUCAACCUAACCCAAGAGGAUUUCACAAAACCCCCCUUGUGCCGAGUCUCAUCCGACAAUGGUCAGCGGCUGUUGGACAUGAUAGAGACCCUGAAAAUGGAGCACCACAUGGAAGCACACAAGAAUGGCCACGCCAACGGGCACCUCAGCAUUGGCACAGACGUCCUCUUCCCCGACGGCAGCUUCAGCAUCAAGGUCAAACCCAACGGGAUGCCAAAUGGGUUUAGGAAGGAGAUGAUCAAGAUCCCCAUGCCAGAACCAGAGCGCUCCCAGUACCCCAUGGAGUGGGGCAAGACUUUUCUGGCCUUUCUUUAUGCACUUUCUUGUUUUGUUCUCACCACAGUGAUGAUCUCGGUCGUCCAUGAACGAGUACCUCCUAAGGAGGUGCAGCCUCCACUACCGGACACGUUUUUUGACCAUUUUAACCGGGUGCAGUGGGCCUUUUCUAUUUGUGAAAUUAACGGCAUGAUCCUUGUAGGACUCUGGUUAAUUCAGUGGCUGCUCUUAAAAUACAAGUCUAUUAUUAGCAGAAGAUUUUUCUGCAUAGUUGGCACGCUGUACCUGUAUCGGUGUAUUACAAUGUAUGUAACUACACUCCCAGUACCCGGUAUGCAUUUCAACUGCUCUCCGAAGCUUUUUGGAGACUGGGAAGCCCAACUUCGGAGAAUAAUGAAGCUCAUUGCUGGCGGUGGCCUGUCCAUCACUGGCUCUCACAACAUGUGUGGGGACUAUCUGUACAGCGGCCACACAGUCAUGCUCACACUCACCUACUUAUUUAUCAAAGAGUAUUCCCCUCGACGACUCUGGUGGUAUCACUGGAUUUGCUGGCUUCUCAGCGUGGUUGGAAUCUUCUGUAUUCUCUUAGCGCAUGACCACUACACUGUGGACGUGGUGGUGGCAUAUUACAUCACCACAAGACUCUUCUGGUGGUACCACACUAUGGCCAAUCAGCAAGUGCUAAAAGAAGCCUCCCAGAUGAACCUCCUGGCCAGGGUGUGGUGGUACAGGCCAUUUCAGUACUUUGAAAAGAAUGUCCAAGGAAUUGUACCUCGAUCUUACCAGUGGCCCUUCCCCUGGCCAGUAGUCCACCUCAGUAGGCAAGUUAAAUACAGCCGGUUGGUGAAUGACACAUAACAGCUGUACAAAGUGGGGGAAAGAGGAACUGUCCCAAGUGCUAAGAACUCCAUGAGAGAAGAUGCCAUAAAAUAAACACCUCCCUAAUCCUGUUAUCUUUCAGCAGUUACCUUGACUUAACCUAUUGAGUUACCUGGUCAGCACUGUGAUCUUUUUUUCUCUCCAAAGGACCUGCGUUGGACAACAAUAAAGAAAAUUUAACCUAUCAUGCACUGUACACAUUUCCUGUUCAUAAGUUUGGGAUUUACGUAACCCGCAGCCACCAUGUUCCUUUGUAUAUGAUGCAACAGCAUAAAUGUAAGCUUUUAUAUCAUAAGUUCUGGUUUUUCCAGUCACAUCUGGAAAUAAAGCGUAUUAUUUUCUUGGGAAAACAUACUUUUCAUAUCUCUUGCCCCAAAGAUUGGGCUGUAAGCCAUUUUCUAGCAGAUGUCUCUAUGAAGGUUUCUAAGUACCUGAAUGGGGUUCGAUGCUGAAAUCUUUCUACUUGUUGCGCCGAUAUUCAAAUAAAAAUGACAGACACAGAAAGGUUUGGUAACUUUGGGUUUUGUAAAAUCAGCAGAGACAGUGUGUCAAAAAGUGCAAAAAAAAAAAAAAAAGAUUCUGUUAUAAAGUGAUUUUCUAAGUAUUUCCUAACUUUAUUUUUCAAAAUGAUGUUAUGAAAACCAAAUUUAAAGAUUUUUACAUGUCAAAGAAAAGAAGGGUAAAAUUUAAAAAUGCUUCUUGGGAGAGAAAUUUGUCUAUGUUUCUAGUGCCUUUCUUGUCUUGAUUGUAUGGUCAGUAGGCAAUCUUAAAUGUUUUUAUUUAAAAUAAAGUAUUCCAUGAAAAUAUAAAUGUAUGUAUACACUACUAAAUUUUGCAUUUAUAGCUAAGUUAAAUCAGAAGACUGCUUAUGGUUUUUAAAUUGCUCUGAAUUAAAGAAUGGGAGAGUUAAUUAGAAAGUCAGAGCCUGUUCCCAUAUUGUGAGCAGGUGGCAGUGACAUGUACCACUUAAAUUAUUUUAUCAUCUAUUUGGUAGUUCGAUUUUAACUAUACAAUGAAAACAGCCAUGAAGACUUUUUUUUAAAAGAGAGUUUUGAAAAUGAUCACUUAACUAAAACUUGAAAGCUAUAAAUUAGUUAUCCAUACUCUCAUGACAAUUUUGUUGGUGAACAACAAAAAAGAGAUCUAUUUCUUUAAAAUAUAUUUGUGCAGAAACUGCAUGUAACUCUAAGUUUUACUCCUAACAUAAGUAUGUUUGGGGAAGUAUUCUAUUCUAUACUUGCCAAUGUGGAGAACAAAAUAGUUUUUUAAGAGUAAAGAAGUAUAUAUAUCCAUUCUGUAUUUUACGUGCAGCAGAAUUAUCUUCCGUAGGGUUUUUUGUGUAUUCACAAGGUGAUAUUUGUAUUGUAAAACAAUAAUGGUGAAGGAAAUAAAAAGGCUUUUAAAAUUUUGUUUGUUUUAAAUCUUUGUAAAGUUACUAUUCCAGAGAGUAUACUGAUAUCUUAACAGCUUACCUAGAUCAUAAAUUAAUCAAAACGCACUUUUUAAAUAAAAACUAUUACUUAAAAUAAAUGGCUGUCAUUUCUAAUGUGU